UACCAUAUCAGCAAAAAUUGGUUAGAAAAACGUAUAUUUCAAAUAUCACAAAUAUGAAGCAAAAGAGUGAGUGUAUAAAUAAGUAGGUGAUUAACAUCAAUUGUUUAUUAAAGUGUUUGUUCUCUUGAAACUAUGAAGUGGUUUUUUUUAACGGUUCUCAUGCUGGUGGCAAAGCUCCGCCGGGUUUGGGGCGAAUGCGACCAAGGCGUAUACGAUUAUGGUGUUACUUCGAAAGAGAAAACAUAUAUUCUCGAAAAACACAACGGUUUGAGACUUCUGAUAGCCAGAGGAAAGUUAGAAGGUCAACCGAGAGGCAUUAAUCUAAAGAGGAUGAAAUGGGAUGACUAUUUGGCCGCCGCUGCACAAAAUAUCGCAAACACUUGCCAUUACGCACACGCAGACGUAUCCGACUCGAGGUGGCAAGUAGGGCAAAACAUUUUUAAUAGCAAAAGUACCAACUUUGUAAAAGGUGCAAACUGGACAGCCGCAAUCUACAGUUGGUGGAACGAACACGAAGUGUAUCAUUAUCCAAAUGGAUUUUCAUAUUCGACUGCACAUUAUACCCAGAUGGCUUGGGCUAACACGGACCACGUAGGGUGCGGUUACACCCAUUACCCUAUUCACGAUGGCCAAUAUAAUUAUCAGAAAUUUUAUGUGUGCAAUUAUGGGCCCGCUGGCAACUAUGACUGGGCUCCGUACAAAACCGGAAAUUCAGGAUGCCAGAAUUUAUGUUGAAACUUUUACAUUGCUUGCUCAAUAAAUGUUUUCGCAAUACAA